GCAGGAUGCAGAACAGAGUGUUGCGAACGUGCCGCACCUCUUCGUCCUGCUGACGACGCUGUGGCUGUCAGGCAAGCCUGAGGUGACCAGUGCUGCCACUCUCACCAUGCGGGCUCUGGUGGAGGAGGUGGUGGGCCCGGCCUCAUGUCUACCUCAGCACAGGACCUCGGUCACCAAGGUCAUCGUCACGGUACAAGCAGGUCUCAAGUACCAGUACCACGCCUCCUGGACGCACGUGCUACAUAUCAUCGGUGUCAUAUUCAAGGCUUGUGGGGAGAACUGCCUGGAGACACUGAUUCCGUGUCUGGAGGCUCUGGCAGAUCUUAGAGACUCUCAUCAGUUCUGCUUCACCAGUGAGCUCGACUUCGCCGUGGGUCAGGCAGUUCGCUCCAUGGGACCUGAAGCCGUCAUCAAGGCCAUACCUCUGCAGUUGAAAGGAAGUGCGGAUUCUGCCCAGGAGUUCAAGCGUUCAUGGAUCCUACCGAUAUUGAAGGAGAAUAUCCAGAAGUCAACACUGAAAUGUUUUAUUGACAAUUGCAUGCCACUGGCUGUGUUUUGCAAGAACCAGUCGGCGAAGUUGCGCGCAGAGAACAACCAGGUACGUUCUCUCAGCUAUGACCUGAUGCAGUCCCAGCUGUGGGCUCUACUGCCUAGCUUCUGUACACAGCCGUCCGACAUUGCUGUCUCGUUUGCGGUAAUCGCUAAACCACUGGGGAGUCUGCUCAGCAACCAGAAAGACCAGCGGUUGUCUGUGAUGUCCGCACUGCGUCAUCUGGUGACUUACGCAAGAGAUAACAACCGGACCCAGGACGUGUCAGAGCUUGCGAGGUUCGCCAAGAAUUACCUGCCUAUCCUGUUCAACCUCUACACAACGCCUGUGAAGGGUUCUGAUGAGGAGGGCAUCAGGCUUGCCACCCUUGAAACAGUUAAGGUGUACUUGUCGGUGUCACCCAGUGAGCUGUGCUCGGAGCUGUUUGAUCGUGCUCUUGUAAAGCUAGACACAUUGGAGAAAAACGAAAACUUUGUCCGCGAGAGUGUUUUGGAUCUGUUGCGAUCGUUGGCCGUAUACCAGGACAUGGACAAGGUGAAGGAUCUCUACACACGGACUGUUGCCAGACUCAAGGAAACCACAGACCACAAAGAACAGAAGAAAUACUACAGGAUGCUAGAGGAUCUGUGUUCGAGUGACACAAAGGGAUGCAAACAGUUUCUGAACGAGUAUCUGCCAGAGAUUCGAGAUCUUCUACUGGAGUCACUUUCGACUUCAGCUCCUAGCAGUAAAGGGCCCCGCUUGCGCUGCCUCCUACUGCUGUUAGACCAUGCUCGCACGUCAAACCAGGAGAUGAUAACGGCAGUGAUACCGGAGGCUGUGCUGUGCUGUCGGGAUAUCAACGCCCGCUGCCGCCAGUCGGCUUACGAUCUGCUACACAAGAUGGCUGACAAGAUGGCGGAGAGUGGUCGGCUGGAGGCCUACGUGAAGAUGGUGAUGGGCGGACUGGCGGGGACCCCCCAGCUCGCCAGUGCCACUCUGCUUGCCUUGGCCUCCAUCACCCACCACACUAAAGAGAGUAUACCGGAAGAUAUACUGGACUUGAUUCUGAACAACGUCUGCUUGUUGUGUUGUUCUGCCUCUCGAGAGAUCGUGGGCUCCACCCUCAGCUACCUGAAGGUGUUCAUCACCUCUCUAGCGUCGGACACUGUCACCCCUUCCGUACCGACCAUUGUGAAAGCGAUUAUCAGCAUGACGGACGAUUGCAAGAGACACUUCCGUAACAAGACCCGAGACAUAUUGGCGAGACUUGUGCGGUGGUACGGCGCAGACAGCGUCAUGUCACUGUUGCCGGAGAGUGAGACCGUGAUGAGGGCGAGGGUACGUAACAUGCGCAAGAUACAGGACCGCAAGAAGAGACAGUGGCAGCAGUUACGCGAUGAGAAGAAGGCUAAUUCUGACGAAGACGAAGAUCAGUUUUCUGUCAAGAGCAAACCAAAGAGUAUCGAUGAAAUCCUGGCUACCUUGGAUGAUUCUGACAUGGAAAUGGAUGAAAUGGUGGAUGACAGACAGAAAGCUAAAGCUAAGAGAAAGAACAAUAAGGUUUGGAUAAGGGAAGAUGCGGACGAUAUUGUUGACUUCACGGAUAUUUCUACAACAAAGAAAAUAACAGCAACAAAACCCGACCAGAAAGACGGGAUAGGUAUCAGGCAGGUGGAAGUGAAGAAGAAAAAAGAGAGUGGAUUCAAACGGGCUCCUGACGGACGGAUGAUCAUCAAAGAUGAUAGCGAUUCGGAUGAUGAGCCCCGCAGCAGGAAGCACAGUCACGUGCCUGGUCUCUCAGAUUCAGAAGAUGAGGAAGACCUAGACGAGGCUCGCAGCACUGUGUCGUCGGUGGUGGUCGGACGCAAGCGGAAGUUGAGCAUGAGCACCACAGCCUCGUCCGUUCAGCCUCCCUCGAAAUACCAAGCCGGAGGUGUGGGUAUCCACAGACCUAUAAAGAAGACAAAACCAGGAACCAAAGCCAGCUCUGUGGUCACCGGAGCCAAUUACAAGUCGAAGAAAGCUCAGGGAGAUGUGAAGAGGAAGGGACAACCGGACCCGUAUGCGUACGUCCCUCUGCGGAAAGAUACGCUAAACAAAAGGAAAAAGAUGAAAGCGGCUGGACAGUUCAAAAACAUUCUGAAUGGAGCAAAGAAAGGAGUGAGAAUAGGGUCCAAGAAUAAAAUGAAGAUGAAGCAAAAGAGAAAGUAGAAAGUACUUUUAACAUUAAAUGUGUGUAUAAAUAUGUAUGUACAUAGUUAUAUAUGUACUGUUAUUGUACAGAUAAAAAUAAUUGUUAUGGAA